AUGGAGGAGUUAAUAUUCCGGAUACCCUUGGAACUUCAUGUGGCAAGUGAUAUUUCUUUGUACGAUUUGCAACGGAUGGUCUCAGCAAGACUGGCAGAGGCGGAAUUGCUACCGCGACAGGACCCAAUGUCUAUGCUUUUAGGAUUGAAUGGACAGGUUUGCGGAGAUCCACUUGCUUGUCCACUUCGUAUGCUGGUUCCAGGUUCGGUGGUGUCAUUUGUGGCCGAUUUGCAAGAAGCUCAUGAGGUGUCGCGAUUGGGCUUGUGUCAUUUCGCUCAUGGAAAGGCGGAACUUCGUGCCAUCGGGCAGCCUACAACCAUGGUGACAGCCAAUGUUCAUGGGAACUCUUCGCAAAAAGAUGAGCCAGCAGAGGAUUCUAAAGAUGCAGCGUGGAAUUGGUCAGAAAAAACGGAAUGGAAAUGGGAGGGUCCCGUGAUUGGUGGAGCGGAGAUUGGAGUCCACAAAGGGCAAGGUCUCAGUCCAAUCGUUCCAACAAUUCCAACCGGUCAAAGAAAUCGGAUUCCGGUGGUUUGGUGCUUCGUCCGGUGGACCAAAUGGACCAAAUGGACCAACCAGACCGGUCAGAUCGGCGGUCGCGGCGUGAACACAGGAGCCGUGCUCGUGAGGCUCGUGAGGCUCGUGAGGCUCGUGAGCGGCGACGCAGACGAAGCCGAAGUCGACAGAGUCGAAGAAGGAACCGAUGAUGGUUCGAUGGUGAUCUCCGAAUCUGAGAUGUCUGAGAGGGCAACAGUAUGGGCUUGUGAUGGCUUGUGAAUAUUUGUGAUAUGGUCAUAAAAUGUAUCAACGUAUGUCAUGUUUUUAAAGGGUUGGAUUCAGUCGGAUACUCAGACGUGCCGUGUGUGUUUGCGUUGGGUUUUUCAACAACUUUCGAUUGGUGAUGUUUGUUUCUGGACUCCGGCAAGGUGUUAUUUUGUUUGUUUGGAGGUGUUGCAGUAUUCGAGGGGUUUAUUCCCAAAACAUCAGGGACCAGAAACUCUUGAGGAGCUGGCCACACAGAUGUAGGAUACCACUGCUGCUGGAAGACCCAUGCCAAGGCAAAA